AUGAAGAACUUUGCCAACAUGUUCCUCCUAUUAGCAUUAUUCACUCUCGCAAUGCCAAUUAUUAUAUCACUUAUAUCAAAAGCAUUGCUUAUUCUAAAAACAGAAUCAACUGUAAAAAUAACAUUCUUCAUCUCCUUAUUUCCACUACUCCACUCAAUACUAUUUCCUGAACAAACCCUUUGUGACGUAACUUUAUUGGGCACAUCCUUAUUUUCUAUUAAACUAAACUUCAUUCACGACCAAUAUUCCGCCAUUUUCAUACCAAUCGCCCUAUACGUCACAUGAAAUAUCCUACAGUAUUCUCGCUGAUACAUAAUAGAUAAUCCACAUAUCGACAAAUUCUUUAAAUACCUACUAAUCUUCCUAAUAGCCAUAAUAAUUUUAAUCACAUCUAACAAUCUAUUCCAAUUUUUCAUUGGCUGGGAAGGAGUAGGAAUCAUAUCCUUCUUACUCAUUGGAUGGUGACGCGGCCGAGAAGAUACACUCGCAUCAGCCUUAAUAGCCAUUAUCUACAACCGCAUUGGUGACUUAGGGUUAUAUAUCGGCAUGGUCUGACUCAUUUCAAAAACAAACUCAUUAAAUUUUCAACCACCCUCAUAUACCAACCCCUCUCUAGUAAUACUUAUCGCUCUCAUCCUAGCUGCAACUGGAAAAUCAGCCCAAUUCGGACUUCACCCAUGAUUACCAGCAGCUAUAGAAGGCCCAACCCCAGUCUCAGCACUACUACACUCCAGCACUAUAGUUGUCGCCGGCAUUUUCCUACUUAUCCGAAUCCAUCCCUUACUAGCAUCCAAUAAUACAGCCCUCUCCACUUGCCUAUGCUUAGGAGCUAUUACCACAUUCUUCGCAUCAUUAUCUGCCCUAUCCCAAAACGAUAUUAAAAAAAUUAUCGCUUACUCUACAACAAGCCAACUUGGCCUCAUAAUAGUCACCAUCGGCCUAAACCAACCAGAUUUAGCUUUCCUACACAUCUGCAUACACGCAUUCUUUAAAGCCAUAUUAUUUAUAUGCGCAGGCUUUAUCAUCCACAGCCUAGGCAAUGAACAAGACAUUCGAAAAAUAGGAGGACUGCAUAAACCCCUACCAAUUACCUCCGCAUGUUUAACUAUCGGCAACAUAGCACUCAUAGGUAUACCAUUUUUAACCGGAUACUACUCUAAAGAUGCCAUCAUUGAAACUAUAUCAACAUCAUACUUAAACUCCUGCGCCCUACUUCUAACACUAAUAGCAACCUCAUUUACUGCAGUCUAUACACUACGAAUUAUGCUAUUAGUGCAAACAGGACACCCCCUACAAAACUCCACAUACCUCCUACACGAAAAUAUUCCCACAAUCAUAAACCCAAUUACUCGCCUCGCCACAGGCAGCAUUAUAGCCGGAUGACUAAUUACAAAAAACAUUCAAAUAUUCAAUACACCAACAAUAACUAUGCCAAUAUGAAUUAAAAUUGCAGCAUUAACAGUAACAGUCAUCGGCCUCCUAGUAGGACUAAAAGUAGUCUGUAUAGCCACUAAAAAACCCCUAAAACCUUACAAAACUUGCGACCCAACCAGCAUAGCCGCCUAUCUCAACUACCUAGCCCACCGCAGUACAUCAAAAAAAUACCUAAAAAUAGCCCAAAAAAUCGCAACCCACUUAGCUGAUACAUCUUGAUUCGAAUAUCUUGGCCCAAAAGUAACAGCCAAAUGACAAAAAACUCCAAUACGCUUUACUUCUUUAAUACAAAAAGGCCUCAUCAAAAUUUACAUAACCUCAUUUCUCCUAACACUAUGUGUAAUAAUUUUCACAAUCAUUUUAUCAAUAAUUCUCAAUUUUCUUCUAGGGUAA